AUGGACCACUUCGUCACCCCACUUCCUCCAGCCGAAAGCGAAGCGAACAGGGUCGAGUAUCAACCCACCAACAUCGAAUCCGAGGCCAACAAGCAGCGCAGGAAAGUCCAGAACCGAAAGAACCAAAGGGCACAUCUUCAAUACAACGUCUUCCGAGCCUUUGUAUCAAACAAGCGUACUCUGAACGCGCUUCUUACAGGGUGGACAUACGAGAUGCCUCCUUCGCCAACCACAUGUCCCAUCAGCCUUCCUUACAUCGACGACACGAACAUCUAUCCCUUGAAUCCCAAUAUACCCCCUUCACUCUUCCCGACUCGCAUCCAGCAAGAGCGUUUGCACUCUUUCUGGAUCAACCUCUUUCCUUUUCCUUCAGUGCGCGACAAUCUCAUCAGGCAUGAGGGACUCUUCGAUCCCUGGGAGCUACUGCAGGAUCUCAUUGGCGAGCUCAUGGGUGCUACGCCAAUCCAAGAGCGACGAGGUAUGCCUCUUGCUAUCAAGGUUUCUGACCCUAAGGUUGUGUCAAAACCGCCGACCGCAGUAGUAGCACGUGAUGAGGAUGAGGUUACUGCGGGUCGCAAGGGACUCGUUGUUUGGGGUGAGCCGCACGACAUGAAGAGUUGGGAGGCUACCCCUGGCUUUCUGGCUAAGUGGUCAUGGGCCGUACAGGGAUGUGACGAUUUGCUUGUAUCUAGUAACCGCUGGAGGUUGAUGAGGGGAGAGGAACCUUUGCGUCUUCCUUUGAUGGAAGAUUAG